AUUUUUUUGACCUAUCGGGCAACAGUUAAGGGUCCCUGAAGGGUCAACAUAGUAACCAUGGUAACCAGGCUUCAUAUCCUGUCUCAGGCAGCAUACUUAUGUUUGUAUAAACUGGUCCCUUUCUUAUAUACAUAUCUUUAUGCACCAUCUUGUUUGGGGAAGGAUUGGGUUAAUGGUUGGGGUGAUGAAUAUCCCCUAAAAACUGAUGCAUUAUAAAUAUAUGAGGUGAUGGGAGACCCCUUAUCCUUGCUGGCUUCUCCAGUCGACAUUUUGAAAUUUAAGUUUUGGAGUUUGUACUUACUGGUAUCCGCUCAAUUAUUAAUUUUUAAAAUUGAAGAUGACGUUGCAUAACUUAAUUUAUGGAACACUGUAUGUGUUAUAUAUAGUUCAUUGUGUUUGUGGUAAAAGUUGCGCGAAUGUCGAUAAAAUAGAAAUAGAUAAACAGGUUAAAGUUGUGUGUGAUGAGACGGAUAACCUGGGUGGAUUGGUUAUCUGGUUCAAGGAGACAUUACCAUCCAAUUGCAGUGGAUUUCUGAUAUGUAAUCAAACGAUGUGUAUGGAAAUUAAUGAAACUGUUAUGUUCUUCAGUGACACUAUCAAAAUUGAAGAAGUAGAGUAUGAAAAUAAAAAGAUACGGAUAUGGGGAAGUGAAAGCUAUGUAACUUUUUAUUUUAAAAGUUUCGUGGAUGCCAGCCGUUAUCUACUAAAUAACAUCACAAUUUCAAACGCCAACCACACAUUUCCAUCCAAUAAACUAUCCGACUUAACUCAGGAAAAAAUUAGUGACACUUAUUGUAAUAUAGCGGCUGAAACGAAGAACUGUACCACCAAGCAAGCAGUAACUAAAGCUAUUCAAGGCACUACUCCUCUUCCUUCUGCAUGCACAGUUCUAAUUCUGUGCAACCAAAUAUCAUGCAUCAGGUUCAACUACACAAGUCUCCUGCAUUCAGCCUUCUUUGCCAGAAAGCACACGUUUAUUCCUACCAACGAAGGUAAAUUGCCAUCUUGCUUUCAUCUUCGUCAAGAUGCAUUUUUCCAUCCUGGAUCUCUCCGACGCCCACGUGGUAUUAUACUUUCCUUGGAGAAAGCUAAAGUUAAAAAGGCGCCAAGCGGAUUACCUUUCAAUCUCCCUGGAUAUAGGUAAUUGGUUAUUUUGGAUGAGUUUUUUUAUUUUUAAAGUUGCGAUUGGAAUCUUUAUGAAAUGAUUCUUUAUUAACAUAAUUUUAUUAUUGGUAUUAAUUAAGAUAUUGCGGGCCUGCCACCGAUAUUGAGAAGCAGGAUGAUCUCGGUGGCCCAAUAAAUGCUGUUGAUGCAGCAUGCCGCAAACAUGACGUCGAUUAUUUGCUAGGGGUUCUACCAUCAGAGGCAGACGAGGCACUUCUAACUACUGUGCAAUUACAUCGAAAAGAUCUGUUCCCACUUUUUGCGGCCGCAAUGAGUGCCAAAAAAUAUUUCGAAAGUCAAAUUGGAGGGUCCUAUACAUCCUUCUUAUAUUUCUACCCAGCAGGAUUUUAUCCCAGUUUAACUUUGCAUUUUGCACAUGAAACGGUGUACGAUAAAACUUCAGCAGGAACACUAACAACUGCUCGUGCCAUCUGGGAAGGCCAAGCUCAGGAGUCAAAGUGGAUAAGUAUUCUGCAAAAUAUUUGGCUAGGGAGCUGCUACACGGUGGAUCCAGAAACUAAUGUAAUCCACCGCAUAUCGAUGUAAGAUUAUAUUUUUGCACUAUUAAUGCUAGCUCAGAUUCAUCGAUUUAUUGUCUGAGAGCACAGACGCAUUUCAUACAAGUUUAUCACUUUUAGCAAAAACAGUCUGACAUGAAUUCCCUCGUCAUGCCAUGCUCAAAUGUGGAUGAAAUGGACACCAAUGCAGACGCACUUGUGAGAAAUAUUGCAACAUAUUUAUAAAUAGCAGCGACCGCGGAUGUUGUGGGGGACAUCGUGAAAUUGUUAUUGUAGUAACAAGCUCAUGUACGUUUUUGUUCUGAUCAAUACAGGAGGAUGGUGAUGGAGAUGAUGAACGUGGGCACUGUGGACAACGUGAAGAGUUAGGGGAAGGGUCAGCUCCUGGCGGUGAAUCACCAAUGGACACUUCAAAUACAGAGUAUGCAUCCAAGAGUACAGAAGGUGAAGAUACAUGUGUGGGAACAGACAUUUACCCAACGGCCCCUUACAAAGGGGGAUGUAGGAUGAUUUUGAACGAAUUUGCAACCAAGAAUGAUGAUAACCAGAUUUCGUUUAUUGAACAUGUUCGUAUUUGCGCUCGUCCUCCAAAAACUAAUUCACUUAACGGAUUCGUUGAAAUAAUCCUUGUGGGCGGGAUGACUAUCCACCAAGUAAUGUACGCAUCUUUCCAGAACAAGAUCUUCUCAAUCAUACAAGAGAAACAAACUACGCAACGCAAAAUAAAAAAUUUCUACUUUGUCCUCGGAUCGAAACAAGUUGCACCAGAUAUGUUGUUUUCUGACAGCCAGAUUACUAGUGACCAUCUCGAAGGAAUCUUACCUGCCGAGUCAUUGACGUACUGCAUAAUUUUACUUCACUUCGGACACAAUCAAGGGCAAUUUCAUCAAGCAGUUCAAUCUUUUUCACUAAUCCAAAAUGUUCCACCCGGCAGUGACACGGUAGGCUAUCUCCCAACCCCCAUAAACGACGAAAAGAUGAACCUUAUAAACGAGUUCAUUCAAGAUGUCCUAAUUGUUGGUCCUCCUUGUCCGGAUUCUGAGUGUGGAUAUUUCUAUUCCCUUCUCAGAGCUAAAGAACAGGUAUUGGGGGAAGGUGAAAUGCGAAUUCCUUUAUCUGAUGUUCCUAGACGGAAUGAUGGAACCAAACCUUACCUUAGUCUUUCGAGGUGCAGUCCUACGAGUUUUCCUAUGCAACAAUUAGCCUUUGAAAUUGAGAAAGCAACACCGAAAGCGAAAAACGACUGUAAACAACCAAAUACUAAACUCCCAUUCCAACUACUUGGUGUUUCACUACAGGCGACAGCUCAAAAGUUAAUUGUCAACGCCAAAGUAUUCUUUGACAGUAACCAGGUACAGUGUGAAAUACUAACAGGAAACUCUGUCACCAAAACUAGCCAGAUUCUAUGAAUUGGAGAGAGAACAGUUUAUCAGACAAUGGAGAAUUACAAAACGAAUAGUAUAAAAACACCUGGUAAGAAACGUAUUAGACCAACGCCAGUGAUGGAUCAGUUUGACGACUUCCGAACUGAGCACGUUAAACGAAUCAUUCAUCAAUUCUAUGCUAAUAAUCAAGCACCAACAAUGCAUAACGUAUACACAAAACUGAUGGAGGAAGUCAAGGAAGAAGAAGAUGGUCGGAUAGCCCGAGGAGAAACUCUUACAGCGUUCAAAUGUUCCAAGUGGACGUUAAGAAAACUCAUUAAGCAAUUAGGAUUUAGAUUCAAAACUGUUGAUAAGCGAGCAGUUAUCCUCAUGAGAUCAGACAUCGUGCAGAAGCGAUAUGAAUAUCUGUCCGUAAUGAUUAAAAAUCGUCAGUCCGAGAACCCAAAAUGUGUUGUCUACACAGAUGAAACGUGGGUCGAUAGUUAUGCUAGAACUGGAAAAGGCUGGGUUAUUAAUUCACCAAAGUCAUUUCAUGAAGCGGCUUUAUACUCCUUCCAAAACCCGAAAAUUUCUAGAGGACCACGUAUCAUUGUGAUGCAUGCAGGUGGAGAGGAUGGAUUCGUACCUGGCGCUAUGAAGGUAUAUCCAGUAUCAAAGAAGAAAGUCCAGAUGGAUUACCACGCAAACGUUAACGGUGUCGCUUACAUGGCUUGGUGGAAGGAUCUUAAUCAAAAGAUAAAAGAUAAUUAUGGUCCAUGCAUAAUUGUUAUUGAUAACGCUCCGUAUCACAGCACCAAGGAAGCCCCAAAAUCUACAUCCCGAAAACAAGAGCUAUACGACUGGCUGAAUGAUAAUUUAGAGGGCCCUGAAAAGCUGAAACUAAAACCUGUAAAGCAAAUGAGACGACCUGAAUUAUGGAAAAUGGUUCAAGACCUUAAAAACGGAAAUGAAUAUUACAUUGUGGAUAAGGAGGCAUUGAAAUAUGGAAACACUGUUGUCCGAUUACCCCCAUAUAACUGCGACUUGAACCCAAUUGAGUACGUGUGGAAAGACAUCAAGCACGCAGUUAGGGCUGCAAACACACAGGGGACCGCUGAGUUUGCACAAGCUGAGGCUGAGAGAAUUAUGACAACAUACACAAAGGAACAAUGGCAGAAACACAUCAAACAUGUGCACCGAUUGGAGGACGAGUAUUGGAAAAAUGAUGGACAUUUUGAUGACUUCCUUGAUGACUUCCAAACACGUGUAGCUUCAGCCAACCCCAUUCGAAUUACAGCAGCAGAUGAUGUGUCUGACGACGAAGAUGAGGACCCUGACGAUGUUGACGAAGUAGUUGAUAGAUUCCGAAUGCAAAUACACAAUGAUAUUGAAUACUCACAGGCUGGGGAAGAAGAAGACUUGCCUGAAGAAGAAUGUGCAACUUCUAGGAGGAGAUUAACCUUCCCACCAGAAUCAACCUAGAUUUUAACUUCAAUGGAUUCAAUACAUAAUAAAUAUUAUAAAUAGUGAAUCCGAUUUGUACAUAGUGUUAAGAAUUAUUAUUCAUUAAAUUUGUACGAAAUUUUCAAAAAUAUGCCUACCCCUCUCUACUUAACAUUCUUGCAAAACUGAAAACUUUAAAAUAAUGUCCCGUUUAGUAAAAUACAAUAAGUUAUUAUUUGAUCCUUCAGGGGCCCUUAACUCUUGACCUAUACGUCACAAAAACCAAAAAAUA